AUGGGGAUGGGUUUUGGAACAAGCUUUGGCUACCCAAAUAUGGAUGGACAUAUUCCUCACCAGUACAGACCAACUGGAUCUGGGUCUACGCCGCCUGUAGGCCUCAUGUCUCCUUAUCCAGUAGACUAUGGUUCCACUGCUGGUACAGGUGGAGCCGCCGGGGCUUUCUCUCCUUCGCACCAGUACAACAUGGCUCAGAACCCUGCAAUGCAGUCUGUGCCAAGUUCUCAAAUGCAGCACCGCCAACAUGGACAAACCUUUCCAUCUGUCCAUCCACAGCAUAGAAAUUACCCUCAAUCUGGGAACAGGAUGGCCGCCCAGUAUCCACAAUACUCUCCACAAGGAGGGGGGUCCACAGGGUCAUCUGGAAUGUACAGCCCGCCCCCACAGAGAUAUCUUGAUGGAACUGCUACUACCGGAUUUGAUCCCAAAAUCAACAGUUCUCCCAGUGUGAACACCGCUUCAAACUCUGGUUCAGCUGCUUCUAACAAUGUGGGCCAAAUGGAGAACGCUCAACCAAGUUACCAUGCAUCUAAUUACGCGAGAUAUUCCCCACAAACACAUUCACUUCAUAAGCAAGCCACGCUGCAGCAUCGCUCCUCUCAGCACAACUUGGGGGUCGGUUAUGACAACUCACUGAAGAUGCAACACCAAGGCUCCGCUACAGGCCCUGUAUUUGCGAAACAUCAGCAGCCCUCUAAUCCCAGUAUACCUCAAACCACAUCGUUAGAAUUAGCUAAAUCCCCCAUGCCUCCUAAUGCACAGCCAUCUCAAAUUAACCAAAACUUUAGUCCCAUAUCAAACCCGUCCCCAGUCGCGUCCGCAGUGCAGUCUCCCAGUUGUAGCUCAUCUCCGUCUCCUUUGAUGGGGUUCUCAGAGGCACAUAGUAACCCCUCAGGUUCACCGCCUCCGUCGUCUUCUGCCCUUUCCGACAUUCAGCACUUCACCAAUACUUAUCAACAGCUUGAAACCAGACGAGGAGAACAGUCUGCUGCAAACCUUCUUCGACAGAAACUGCAAGAGUCUGCCUUGGGGUUUGACGACUAUCCUGGUAGUGACUACUACGGAACCUCCACCUCCCAAGAACACAUGCUGAGCAGACCUCAUCAGUCGUCUUCUAGGUCCAGUCUGUCACCACAGGAUUUAAAACCACCUGAUAAUUCAGUACCAAAAGGCUAUUUUCCUUCAGGCAAAAAGAAAGGCAGGCCUGUGGGAAGCGUGAACAAACAGAAACGUGCUCAAAGCCAAGGCCAAACUUCAUCACAAACUUCAUCUCAAGCACAGCCUGCAGUUUCGCUUGCUCCUCCCGACCUGUCCACUGUAUCUACACCUGCAGCCCAGGAUCCACAACCAGCACAGGGCAUCUGCAGCCCUGAGUCCUCUGCUCCCUCACUGCUUGAAAACAUAAACACCACCCCCACUCCACUUGCUCCUCCCAUUUUAACACAGGUACCCAAAGUUGAUUUGGAGAGUGAGGACACACAACCAGAGAUCGAGGUCAAACCAGUGCGGAGAAGACGCAGAGGUGUAAAGGAUGAAGAUGGGCCAUUUGAAGCAGGUGUAAAACAGCGGAGAAGAAGAAGGGGGGCAGCUAUGCCGCCAUUACUGGUCAAAGAUAACCCGGAAGUUUCAUUAAAUACGAAUAGAGUCUAUUUGGAACCCAACAGGAAGGGCCUGUUUUCUCCACACAUUCAUGUAGAAAACAAGGUCCCUGAGAUCGGAGCAUGUUGUUCUCACUGCGACAUGGUUGGCUCAACACUGGGCUGCUACAGCAAAGGCUGUACUCUUCGUUAUCACUACUUGUGUGCUAUAGAAGCAGGAUUAAAGGGUGUGUUUGUGCGAGUGUGUGAAGUGCCCUCUCCAGGAUUGUAUCAUAAAGACGAUUGGAGGGCGCUGGCAGAGUUCACUGAGGCGGGCGCUUUGAUGGUGGCCAAGACGGGAGGACAUAAAGUGGGCCACUCCAAAUGA